AUGCUAUACAUCGCAUCGGCUUUGACCCCCACCCCCGUCCUCGCCAGUCUCAGAGUCACAUCCCUCACUGACAAUCACACAUCCCUCGUCGUGGCCAAACCAGACAAACUCGAGGUCUGGGAUGUCACAGAGACUGGGCUAGUAUGGGUCGCCGAACUCAAAGUAUGGGGCACGAUAGUCAGCAUAGAUCAAGUGUCGGUCGAAGGCUCGCGGCCACAUAUCGUGAUCUUGCUGUCGCCGCCCAAUGCACGCGCCCUCAUGGUAGCAUUCGAUAAGGCUACCUCUGCACUGGUGGUCACUUCCUCUCAACCUUUGUCCCCUCCAACACCCACAUUGCGCGCGGCCGAGUUCUUCUCCGCCAUCGUUGCGCAGGAGCGAAUUGCUCUAGUCAGCUUGUGGAUCGGUGUCAUCUCAUGCUUGGAGAUCGAAGUCGAUAGAAAGUCUUCAGGGAAGAAGAAGAGGCUGAGCAAGGUCCCCUCUGAUGAGGACGCGAUACUCAAGUUUAGAGACAACUACAACAUCAACAUCCGGGAGCAUAAUGUACUCCACAUCAGCUUCUUGCCGAUAUCCACCUAUGGUCCGACUCUCACGUUUCUCUGGCUUACCGCCACCAACGAAUUGCGCCUCCAAGCACGAUCUGUCAUGACCGCCUCACACUCUCUCGCCGACAUUUCGUUACCCAUCGAUGUUGUCCAACCGGCUUCCAAGCUUUCAGUCUCCGAGGACACAGAUUUCAACGGCAUACCAUUCUCGUGUCCUGCUGCCAGGCGUGUUGUCCCUGUCCCAAGUGUGACACCCGAUGGUGUGCGUAGUCUACUCGUCAUUGGCGACGAACACACCGUUCUCUAUACCCUUAGCCCUCGGGACCUCGAGCUUCCCGAUGAUGCCGGGAAGGCGACAUCGGGGCCAGCGGCUUCACCUCGUGCCAAUGCUCGACGAAGUCCUCAAGAGGAGUUGACCAGUGGUAAUGCCAAACGCCGCAAAGCCAGCAUGGGAGGGAGCAAAGCUGCUACCGCUCCUACGGACGGCAGGGGUCUGGAGUUGGUUCCCAGAUGGAGGAUCAGGCAAGGAUUUGGCACUGUCCUUGCUGCUGAGAUUUUGGAAGAUCAUUGUACUGGUGCUAGUGCGAUCAUAGGAGAUGAGUAUGGGGCAUUGACCGCUGUGGGAUGGGAAUUCCAGAAGGGCGAUGGCGGAGGUCGUCUGGGAACCGUACAGGUCUUGCAGACAGCCGUGGACUCGACCUCCCCACCCUCUUCACUGACGUACCUUGACGCAUCGCACCUCUUUGUCUCUUCUGCCGUAGCAGAUUCCGUCCUUCUCCGUCUUCCCUCAUUAAGCGACAGCUGCGACAGUCAGACAGCAAAAUCUGGCAAGAGCAAGCAGGUUGCCAAAGGUGACGAAAGUGAGGCUUGGAGCGUCAUCUACACCAAAGGCCGAGAGAAGGCGGCCGCAGAGGGGUCUGCACAGGUCCUGGAAAGGUGGAUGAACGUGGCACCUGUCAAGGAUAUGUGCGCAGUCAAAGACGCGUCUGGAGGUCUAUCACACUUGCUGCUUGCCUCUGGGGCGUCAGAGAGCAACUCCCUCCGAAUCAUACGCAGCGGAGUAGGUCUUGAAGAGCUUACCAAUAUCCUCGGCCUUGAUUCUGUUGAGCGAAUGUGGCCCAUAACCAAUUCUGGCAUCUCUCAACUGCUCCUUUCCACUCCGACAUCAACAAUCCUGCUCCAGAUAGAGCCUACUAUCUCCAUCGAGAACACCUCGCAAGGUUUCUCCAAUAGCCCAACACUUGCUGCUGGUAUUGCUUCCGAGGACGGGCGUUUGGUGCAGGUGAUCCCCAAGGGGCUGUACGUGUGGGCCGAUGUGGCUGCUGGAGUACUCGGUGGGCAGAUGGAGAUCGAUGAGGAGAUUGUAUGUGCGCAGGUGGUGGGGGAAUGGGUUGUGAUCGCCAUGCGGGGAGGCGGGGUGUCAGUGUUCAAGGCUGCCACCAAUGGUUUUGAGCUGCAAGCGACCAAAAACCUUUCAAAUGAGGUCUCGGCCGUCUCCAUCUUCCAAGGUCCUUUACCCAGCCCUAUCGUCGCCAUCGCCACCUGGACUACCCAGAUAUACCUCUACACCCUCUCCCAGCUGGCUGACUCUAGCAAACCUGUCGUCUUGACGCAGGAAGCGUAUGCCACUUCGCUCCAACUGAAAUCUGCAGUCGCGGGUUCUCACUCUGCGCAACUGCUUGCAGGUUUGAGCAAUGGGACCCUAUUGACCUACGAUAUCUCGGUCGAUAAUGAGGCAUUGGUGUCGAAGUCCAGAAAAUCUACUUCACUUGGAUCUCAGCCGCUGGUUCUCUUCCCAACCACAUCACCACAGGACGGACCCAGCAUCAUUAGCAUAGGCAUCACAGAGCGCAUGUCGGUCAUCUUCGAAUCCAACUCGAAAACAGAAUUCUCGUCCGUUAAUAAAAAGGACAUUCUGGCCGUCGCCGACCUUCAGACUUCCUCUGGUCCCGUGUUUGCCGUCUACUCUGCCUCUUCCGGGCUUUCUCUAGUGAGAGUGACGUCUCUGAAGAAGUUGCAUGUGCAAACCUGCGAUAUGGGCUCUACGUCGACGUCCAAACUCGCGCAUGUCGAACAUCUGGGCGCUGUCGCUUGUGGGGCUACGAAAAGACUGGUCUUGAAAGAUGGAGAUCUCGAAGAGACGAACUGGGUCGAGAUUCGAGACGAGUCGGCUCUGGGAUUCAUGGCGAGUUAUACUCUCAAAGAACGCGAGCUGGUCACUUCCAUCCGCUCUGUCCUUCUCUACGGUACACAGUACCUCGCGGUCGGCACAGCCCUGCUACCAGAAGAGGAAGGAGACUCUUGGGAUGAGGGCAAUUUGGCGGUCGUCAAAGAAGGUCGUGUUUUGUUGUUCAAAGCCGAGCAGGAAAGUGGACAAUGGCGACUGGGCUUGGAGAUGGAGGUAUCUACCGUGGGAGCUGUGUAUGCGCUGGAAACGAUACAUGGGUUCUUGGCUGUUGCUGCCGGAAGCGAACUCGUGCUCUUCAGUGUCAGCACGGAAGUCAACCCCGGACAUCCAAAGCUUCCAAACUUCCCGAAUAUCAACCGCUCUCUCACCCGAGUAGCCUCCUGGGCAUCCGCUUUCGUCAUAUCUCACCUUGCUGUGAUCCCGCCCUUUGGGUCAAGAGAAGAUGGUGACUUGAUCGUCGGUGAUGGUAUGCGGAGCGUGAUCGUGCUGCAGGUUGAUGAAGGGAGUGGGAAGAUAUAUGAUGACGAGCGAGACAUGGCGACACAUGGGGUCGUUGCUCUGGGCAGGGUACAAGAUGGAGGGGAAGGUAUUGUGAUUGCCGAUUCUCACGCAAACAUUAUGACAUACCGUCUCUCUUCUGCCCUCGAGAAAGCUGCCACCUUUGGCCUGCACGAGGAAGUCUCCAAAUUCCAAAGCGGCUCCCUUGUCCCGUCCUCCUCUGCUCCCGAAGUCAUGACCCCAGACGUGCUUUACACUACCCGUGACGGACGCCUGGGGGUGAUUGGGCAGCUCACCGAUUCUGCAGCAAGAACGUUGGAUGAUUUGCAGAGAAACAUGGAGAGGGAAUGGAAAGGUCCUGGUGAGGUCGGGUGGAGGAAUUGGAGAAGAGCUGGGACGGAAGUUGUAGGGAAAGAGACUGUUGGGUUUGUGGAUGGCGAUUUCGUUCAACACUUCCUGGAGCCUUUCUUCUAUGAGUCUGAGGAAAGAGACAAGGUCCUCCAAGGCGCGAGCAGCCAUGAGCAUAUCAGCAAGAUUGGUGAGAACGGCAAGGAACAGGCUACUCUGGAGGAUGUUGUGAGGUUGUUGGAGGCUACUGCUAGUAUGCAUUAG